AUGAAACCGCUUGUGUAUCCGUGUCUCUGGUGUCCCAAAAAACCUUGUAUUCAUUAUGACUCUAAUUCGAAUCUCAAGCAGCACCGUGACGGUUACGCCGUCGGCCGAGUUCAAAAACCAUGCGCUGGUCGUCAAGCUGCAAUUGAUUCAGGAGCCAAUCUUCCAGCAAGUGCUAUCGAUAUCAUGACGAAGAAGAAAGAAACCAACCAGCGACAGAUGCGCGAAUCGAUCUUGGGAGUUUUCCCCAUCCCUGAGCGACUGCCGGUCAUUGCAGAGGAAGACGAAGAAGAAUCACACCCAAGUGCGAUUGUUAUUGAAGACGACGAAGAUCAAACUGAAGCUGAAGAAAUGCCUUUACCUGAUGAAGAAGACACUGAUCACGAUUCCGAAUGCGAAGAGACCGCCUGUGCUCCUCCGGACUAUGACGAAGCUGAAGAGGACCGGUGCGAUCGGGAAGAUGUGAAUGACAUCGCACCUGAAACCUCAACCACAAACGAUUUCAAAAACAACACAUCAAGGAAACAUGCUCUCCGUCUCAAUGCGUUAAUGGCCCAGGCUAACUUUAUCUCGCGCCGGGUUGCUAGAUCAGCUCCUUGGCGCAGAUAUUUCACACGUGUUGCAAAAAGCAUGAAUCUCAAACUUUUACCCUUGACACCAGGUUACAAUGCGACCCGUUGGAACGCGGAAUUCGAUUCUCUUAACCAAUUGGUACAGGCACGUAAGUUCUACGAGCAGGCAUUUGGACCUCAGCACCCCCAUACGAUCCGCGCUGGUACACUCUUGCAGGAGAAGUUCGCACAGCGUCAGAAAACGAUUGGCUCACCACAGACUGACGUACCAGCAUCAACCUCUGACUCGAAUUCAACUACCUCAGCGAAGACGAGCUCUGACGUCAAUGUGUUUCAGCUUUUCAAAGCUCAAGAGCCUCAGGCACAGGUAGAUGAAAUGGCUGCUUACCUAAAGGGAACACAUCCGAUGUCGGCUAAGGAUGAUGCUAGGGAAUGCAACGCCAUAUUACCAUGGUGGAGUGUGCGUAUUACUUUCUGGCUUGAAUCAUGA